UCCCAAUGAUCCUGAUGGUGUGCCUCUUGCCUCCCCAGUGUGUUUACUGAUCCAGCUCCAGGGCCAUCGCCAUGUCAAGCAGGGGCGGGAAGAAGAAGUCCACCAAAACCUCCAGGUCUGCCAAGGCAGGAGUCAUCUUCCCUGUGGGGCGGAUGCUGCGGUACAUCAAGAAAGGCCACCCCAAGUACAGGAUUGGAGUGGGGGCGCCCGUGUACAUGGCUGCUGUCCUGGAGUACCUGACAGCGGAGAUUUUGGAGCUGGCUGGCAACGCGGCCAGGGACAACAAGAAGGGACGGGUCACACCUCGGCACAUCCUGCUGGCCGUGGCCAAUGAUGAGGAGCUAAAUCAGCUACUAAAAGGAGUCACCAUAGCCAGUGGUGGGGUGUUACCAAACAUCCACCCAGAGUUGCUAGCAAAGAAACGAGGAUCCAAAGGGAAGUUGGAAGCCAUCAUCACGCCACCCCCAGCCAAAAAGGCCAAGUCUCCAUCCCAGAAGAAGCCAGUGUCAAAGAAAGCUGGAGGCAAGAAAGGGGCCCGGAAAUCCAAGAAGAAGCAGGGAGAAGUCAGCAAGGCAGCCAGUGCCGACAGCACGACCGAAGGCACGCCCGCUGAUGGCUUCACAGUUCUCUCCACCAAGAGCCUCUUCCUCGGCCAGAAGCUGAACCUUAUUCACAGUGAAAUCAGUAAUUUAGCCGGCUUUGAGGUGGAGGCCAUAAUCAAUCCUACCAAUGCUGACAUUGACCUUAAAGAUGACCUAGGAAACACGCUGGAGAAGAAAGGAGGCAAGGAGUUUGUGGAAGCUGUCCUGGAGCUCCGGAAAAAGAAUGGGCCCUUGGAAGUGGCUGGAGCUGCUGUCAGUGCAGGACAUGGCCUGCCCGCCAAGUUUGUGAUCCACUGUAACAGCCCGGUCUGGGGUGCAGACAAAUGUGAGGAGCUGCUGGAAAAGACAGUGAAAAACUGCUUGGCCCUGGCAGAUGAUAAGAAGCUGAAGUCCAUCGCGUUUCCAUCCAUCGGCAGUGGCAGGCUCUUCACCUGUGAGCCCACCCUGCAAGCUCAGAUGAUAAAGUCCUGCUGGCUCCACAAAGAACAGUGGCUCCAAAGGGCAGUCCCCACACCUGCUGAGUCAGCUCCCUGCGUGGAGCCCAGCAGCCUGCGUUUCCACAGGCCCUCCUCAGCCCUGGCUAACGUUGAAAAUAUCCCCUUGCUGAGAUCACACAGCCCUUUUCAAGGGUCCCAGGAACGGUUUUCCAAAGCAGACAGCAGCUCAGCUGAUUCUGAAGGCCAUCUCCAAUUACUUCGUGUCAACAAUGUCCUCUUCCAUCAAAACAGUAUAUUUCGUGCUUUUUGACAGCGAGAGUAUAGGCAUCUACGUGCAGGAAAUGGCCAAGCUGGACGCCAACUAGGCUGAGGAACUACGAACCGCAUCGUGCCCCCUGCCUCCAAUUUGAAAGAAAGAAAAAAAACAAAAACAAAAAAACCCCUUCACUCCUAUUGGGAGGCGGGAACCCUUUCGUUUUCAAUUUUGCUCAUCUAGGGAAAAUAAGGUUUUGGUUUCCAGUUUAAUUGUUUCGACCUAAAAUGUUCUCAUGUUAGCACUGAUAGUUGGCAUUACUGUUGUUAAGCACUGUGUUCCAGACUGUGUCUGACUUGAGUGUGACCUAGGAGAUUUUAUUGUUUUAUUUUAAUGAAGCCCUGCUUGCCGCAGAGCAGCCGGGAGAGCAGCGUCCACCACGGGUGGCAGAACCCAGGAAGCCCGCUUUGUAACCGUGUGUCGUGGUGCUUUAUUGUACACCCAGUGGCGUUCUUUUUACUAUAAUGUUCCUUUUUUCCUCAUGAAGAAAAAUCAUGAAUAUACCGCAGACUUAAUUUUUGUUUACUUUUUGUCUUAAUGAUGGAUUUGAAAAUGGAAGAUUUAAAAGGCAGAACAGAAUCUGUUGCCCUUAAUUAUAUUUGCAAUUUGGAAUUUGUGUGAAUUGAUUUAGUAAAAUGUUAAACUGUU